AUGACUCCCGCAUCUCGAGAAUUAGAGCACGAAAACGAGGAGGAAGAGUUGAAUUCGUUCCCGCGGAUGUCUGUCGGUGAAACCAGAGACGUGUCUUCGCUCAAAGACAAAGGCGUGACGAAGAAGCUUCUCCAACCUUCAUCCACGCCUUCGCAUCAUCGCACGCACCCAGAAGCCGGGGAUAAAGUCCUCGUCCACUACACCGGACGGUUACUGGACGAAGCGAAAACCAAGUUCGAUUCCUCGGUCGAUCGCGGGGAACCGUUCGAGUUUACCGUCGGGGUUGGGCAGGUUAUUAAAGGAUGGGAUUUAGGGGUGAUGACCAUGGAAAGAGGGGAAAAGUGUUUGUUAACGUGUAAACCAGAGUACGCGUACGGGGCGGCGGGCGCGCCGCCUUCGAUUCCGCCCAACGCGACGUUGGAAUUUGAAGUCGAGUUGAUCUCGUGGAAGUCCGAGAACGAUUUGUUCGGGGACGGUGGAGUCAUCAGAGUGGCGAAGAUUGAAGACGGGGAAGGUUGGAAGACGCCGAAGGAUGGGGAUUGGUUGGAGAUUGGCGUGCGAGCGAGUCGGAAGGAGAGAGAGACGGGGAAGAUGUCGACGGUGUGGGAGAAGGGUCUCGCGGAUGAAGGAGAGGAAGAAAAGGAAGGGCUUUUCUUUCAGCUCAAUUUGAAGAAGAGGAAUGGGAAAGAAGAUGCGGACAACGACGACGCGAGUAAAGUGCCCUUUGGCGUGCAUUUGGCGCUGCAGUUUUUCAAAAAAGGUGAGACCCAGCGACUUUUGGUUCGAAACGAGUACUUGUUGGAAAAAAAUGCACCAUACGACGAGGACGACGAGUUGUACUUUACGGUGACUUUGAAACGUUGGGUUCACGUGGAAAAGAUUUGUAAUGGAUUGGGCGAGAAGACAACCAUCAAAGAGGCUCCUGAAUCGAACUACGAUACGCCAAACGAAGGUGCAAAAGUCGUCUUCUCGUCCGUGAAGGUGUACCGAGGAAAGCGCGAUUUUGCGCGACGAGGACGGGUAGGAGACCAACGGAAAGAAGAAGAAGAAGAAGCGAAAGAUUUGGUAUUUGCAUCGAAAGAAGGCGAAGAAUUCAUCUACGAAAUUGGUGGCGACGAUGACGACGAGAGCAACGCAUCGAUCAUUGUUUCCGCGUGCGAAGAAGGCAUCCAACGCAUGAGAGCGGAGGAAACCGCGCAAAUCGUUCUUCCCACAGACUUUGCGUUUGGAACUUCGUCCUCGGACAAAGGAAAAGAAAUCAAGAAAACGUUUAGCAACGGCAAAGAAAUUUCCAGCUCUGACACACCCUUCGUGACGUACGUUUUCGAGAUGAAGUCGAUGGAACGCGCGAAAGAUCCGUGGGCGCUCACCGGCGAAGAGAAGGUUGAACGCGCGGAGAAAUUAAAGUCUUCCGGGAACGCUUUCUUCAAAAAGAAAGAGUACGCUCGAGCCGAAGCGAAGUAUUCCCAAGGACUUCGAUACGUCGAACCCGACGGCCAACAAAAAGAGGAAACUGCAAACAAAAUCAAAGCUUUGAAAGUGUCCUUGCAUUUGAACUACGCGGCGUGCGCGUUGAAACGAUUCGCGUGGAAAGAAGUUGUCGUAAACUGCGACGAAGUUUUGAAAAUUGAGAGCUUGAACGAGAAGGCUUUGUAUCGCAAAGCGACUGCGGAGAUUGAAUUCGAGUUGUACGACGAGGCGAGAAGAACGAUUAAGACGCUCGUCGAAGAUGUUACCUCGCCGUCACCGACGUCUGCGUCGGAGACGCUCAGAUUGAAGCAACGUUUGAAGCAAAAAGAAGCGACCCAGAGAAAGAAAGACUCAAAAGUAUUCGGCGGCAUGUUUUCAAAGCUCGAUUUAUUCACCGAAGACGAGAGAAACAAGAAACCGAAAUCGGACGAGGAGAAAUUCGACGACGCCGAAACGGCCUUGACCGGUUUGGGCGAGAUGAUGAAAGGCAGCGGCGGAAUAGGAGGAGGAGGAGAAAUAGAUGCAAACGCACCGCCGCCACUGCCUUUGGAGGAUUUACCGGACGACUUUCAAGAUUACGGCGCGAAAGAGGCGAUGGCAACCGACACGUUCCCUUUUGAAGAGGAGAAGAAAAAGUUGGAAGAAGGCGAACAAAUGAGCUUGGAAACGGCUUAA